GGCUGGCCCCUGCUGAUUCAGAGGUUAGGAAUUUGCAUCUGAUUACUGUUUGUCAACCAAUGAUCUGACUGUGCAGACCGGAGAGUCUCUCCACGCCUCUCUGUCUCUCUCUCCCUCCGUGCGUCUGUCGGGCUGUGUGAAACGUUGCGGGGCUCUCAAAAAAAAGAAAAGAAAAGAAAAGAAAACUCUGACAACACAACCGCACGCAAAAGCCGACUGCGCGGAUAUCAUGCCGUCACGUGAAACCACUUUAAUCGUAGCCGGUAAGCACACGAGCCACAUCUCUUCUUCCUCUUUCUGGUGCUUUUCUCUCCGUGCGUAAAAAGCGAAGAGGGAGACUCACUGCGCUCACCGACGGGGAAAGCAGGAAUGUGUCUUCCGGUUCCAAAGAGUGUAAAAACGGAACGGAAGCCGAUGUGGUCUUUGUAGUCUGUCAGCAGACUCCAGUACUCCUGCCUUCACACCCACUGCUCGUGCCUCAUUGAACACUGUGCAACUCAGCUCUGCUGCCAGGUUUGGUUUCCUCACAACUGCAGGAAAAACCAUUGAGACAGCAGAGAGAGGCCUCUGUCUCCACAACUGCAGUUGACCACUGACUGUAUGUCUCAGAGCUCUGACUGACCCCCCUCCUCUUCCUCCUCCUCCUCCUUCCACUUCUCCUCAAGGACCCACAUUUGCACAUAACCGUAACCUCUAAAUCUCCAGCCAGCUGCUAGCAGCUUCACCACAGACACAGUUGGCAAUUGCUUUGCUUGGGCAGAAGGAUCGACCAUCGUCCCCCGACUGGUGCUCCUUCAGUGGGGGAGGGAGGGGGAGGAAAGCAGCCGAACGCUGUGCCGCUUUCCCCGGAGAUGAAGCUGCAGGCCGUCAUGGAGAACCUGCACAGGCAGCAGAGGGCCAAGCUGCUGAUGGAGCAGCAGCUUCAGCAGCAAGCUGCUGCCCAACACACUCAGAUCCGCACAGGUGGAGGAGGAGGGGAUGAGCCCAUGGGGAGCCCGGCCCCUGAGGCGGAGCAGGCCCAGAUGGCAGCACUGGCAGCCAUGCGUGCGGUGGCAGCAGGGCUGCAGAGGGUGUCAGACAGCCCAAUGUCUGAGCGUAGCAGCGGCGGCGAGGACGAAGGUGAUGAUGAUGACAACGAUGAGGGAGAGGAGCAUUACAAGGACAUGAUGGGGUCAGAUGAGGAGGAGCAGAUCAAACGGAAAUGGGACGAGGAAGACUUUGAAGGCGAAAUGGAAGAAGACUUUGACGAUGACCUGGCGGAGGAGGGUCUGCCAACAGGCCAUGAAGCAGUGGCUCCCGGGAAGGGCAUCCUCCUGCUGCCUCACCGUCAACUCCACCCCCACUCCCAGCUGCUGAAGGCCCGUCCCAGUGUCGACCAGGAGCCCCGUGUGGCCAUCCUGCCUCCCCACGCCACACACAGCCAUCUGGGUGGGCAGGACCAUGGAGAAUGGACCUAUGAGGAGCAGUUCAGACAGCUGUAUGAACUGGAUCGAGACCCAAAGAGAAAAGAGUUUUUGGACGACCUCUUCAGCUUCAUGCAAAAAAGAGGAACCCCAGUGAAUCGUAUUCCCAUCAUGGCCAAACAGGUCCUGGAUCUGUACAUGCUCUAUAGGCUGGUAACGGAGAAGGGUGGCCUGGUGGAGGUCAUCAACAAGAAACUGUGGAGGGAGAUCACCAAGGGACUCAACCUGCCUACCUCAAUCACCAGUGCAGCCUUCACCCUCCGCACACAAUACAUGAAGUACCUGUACCCAUACGAAUGUGAUAAGAGGGGUCUGAGCAACCCCAACGAGCUCCAGGCAGCCAUCGACAGUAAUCGGCGGGAGGGCCGACGACAGAGCUUCGGCAGCUCCCUCUUCACCUACUCACCCAACGGGACUCCCACCAUGCUCUCGUCGCCCAAGCUCUCCACGCCCAGUGUGGGCCUGCAGGUGGGCACCAAUGGGGCCUCGCUGACCCCCAUCCAGAAGAUCAAGAAAGAAGAGGAGGCAGGCCAGUCGCUGCCGGGAAUCGGUAUGGCUCGUUUGCCAGUGGGUGGUUUUGCUGGUCACCCGGUGGCUGCCGUGCAGGCGGCAGCGGCUCAGGCAGCAAUGGCGGCUCAGGUGGCGGCUCUGGAGCAGCUGAGGGACAAGCUGGAGGCCGGCGAGCCUCCAGAGAAGAAGAUGGCGCUGCCAGCUGAGGAACAGCACCGAAUCCUGCAGAGAGCUCUACAACACAACCUGCUAGCCAUGACUGCUCAGAUACCCAUGAACAUCCGCAUCAGUAACCAAGAAGCCAGGCAGGACUCGGCCCUGAAUCUCACCACCAACGGCACAAGCAGUAUCAGCAUGUCGGUGGAGCUCAAUGGAGUGGUGUACACCGGUGUUCUUUUUGCUCAGGCAGCAGCAGGGUCAGCCUUGUCCGGCGCGUCUGGAUCGUCACUCUCCAACAAGAGUCGCAUCGUAGCUCCACAGCAGCAGCAGCAGCAGCAGCAGCAGCUCAACACACCUACCUCAACCUCAACCUCCAGCAACUCAUUGUCUUAACAAACCCCCCAGCCUUUCCCCCUUUAUUUUUUUUUUUACUUACCAUGCUAAGUAAAGCCAAAAAUCAACCUCAUUUUUUACAUAAUCUAUGCCAAAAAGAAAAGAACCAUAAACUGUACAGACACAAACUGAAACUCACAAAUCACUUGAAGUACACUAUCUCAGGUUUUCUCUCACCAACUCACCUCUCUUGUUCUUCAUAGCCAAAAAUGAUUUCGGAAAAAGAAAAACUAUCCCAACUGAGAGCCAGUAUAUGCUAAACAAAUAUGUAUGCACAACCUGUGAAUUAUUUAUUUCUGCAUAAAUGUACAGAUUACCGGAGAACAAAAGAGAAGGUAAUAACUAGGAAGGGUAAUGCACUGUUUACACACAAACACAGCUACUGAUUGACAGCGAUGUUUUAUCCUCUCGGGGAGAGAUUUUUUUUUAAUUUUAUUUUAUUUGAUCUUUUCAUUGUCAUUAUUAUCAUUAUUGUUAUUCUCCUUAUUGUGUUUUAUCAUUUAAAUCUUUAACAAUCCUCUUAAUGCAGGAAAAAAAAUCUAUAUAUUUAGAAUUCUAUAAAAAAAAGAGAAAAUAUGAAUAUCCUCUAUUUUUAAUCAGAAAAGCUUUAAAGGUAUAUGUUGUUUCGUCAGGGCAUAUAACAAAGUACCGUUGUGACCUCAUUUUGUGGAAAACCUUAUAACCUUAUUCACAUGGCAGCCAUUUUGGAUCUCUGUGUGGAGUGCAGGUCUGCGCUCCUGUUGUGGACCCAGAUACACAUCAGAUCAAUAACUGAAUUUAAAGAAUAUGCAGGGAUAUUGGUUCAGUUUUUAAGUACAUUUGGUCCGUUAUCGAUUGCUGCCAGGCUCUAGGUAGCAGCUGAUUAGCUAGAAUGCUACGUCGCUGACGUCCCUGCUGAAUUAAAGCAGCUUAUGUGGCUCUCCUUCCUGAGACUGCUGGCUGAUUUUUAUCCAAAUCCUCACCCAUUUGUUGACACGAAGCCAGUUCAAUCCAUAACUACGCCAAUCUUGCAUGUCAGUUGUCAGGCUUAGUGUUCAAAAUGGCUGUCAGUCAUGCAGGAGGGACCGCGACUUAAAACCCUUCUUGAGGUUUUUUUGUCUCGCUGGACUGUCUGAGUCUCAGUGGCGUCUACACAGACUCUUCCUGUUGUGAAUAAUACACUUCGAUUGUUCUCAGGUGUCCGACUGCUAAUUGCUUUGUACAAUAUCUUGACAGCACAGUGCUUUUCAACACCUUUCUCUGCAGAAAGAUCACAUUUUUAUCCUUUUUUCUAACUCGGCCUUCUAGUGGAGUGAUUGUCUUAAGGUCGGAUUCAUCCCCGUAUUUGUAGAUAAAGCCCUUCAGCGAUGUGGAGUGUUGCAGGAAAGCUGCAAUUCCAUGUUGUGAAUUCGCAGGAGUCGUGUAUCCACCAAAUCCUCAUCAUUGUGGAGACGCUCACAUGGACAAUCAGGUGUCAGGAAACUUCUCCCGGCAGUUAUUUCAACUCCUUCCUGUCGUUUUGUUGUUUUGCUUUUUGUGUUAUAGUUUACAGUUGCUGUUAUUUUUUUGUUUCAGCUGUGUGUUUUGCAUGACUUAGUGCUUCUUCUGAUCCAAGUGCUUCUUAUCCUGGCCUGUGACAAGGACUAGCUCGUCACCUGUCAACAGAGAAUGUCUUGUGAUCCUCUGACUGUUUUGAGAUGUUGCUUAAUAGGGGCUUUCGACAAUGUGAGCUCAGAAGUAAUCGUAGCCGCGACUUGUGUCUUUUAGCGUCUGCACGACCACUCACUGAAGUUAGAUUUAGAAAAAGUUAAAUCAGCCAGAGUGGAGAUCAUUCAGAAGUAGUUGUGUCUCUCAAUCAUUCAGCUAUUUGAACUUUAACCUGUGUUACCUCUCUGGACUGUUGGCUGUUAAAUAUUGUUACUCAACUCCCCCCGACCCCACCCCCAACGCAAAGCAGCCUCAUUCCUACUGACGUUAGGAAGUAAAUCAGGCUUUGUAUGUGGGUUCUGUUCAGAGGCCUUAACACAGCAUGAGAUGACCAGAGAGCAAGCAGUACCUCCGUCUAAUCAGUUUUUACUGUUCCAGUCAAAUAUCACCAGAUGGCUGUCGUGGCUUUGAUUCUGGACCCGCUUCUUGGUGGGAAAUCACCACCAGCUGCUACGCAAACACCGGUCAGUUCUGAGAAGUAGUCUUUAUACCCAAGCAGCCAACGAUUCUCAUCCAAAGAGACAUAUGAUCAUUAAAAGUGAAUCUUAAAGUUAAACAAAACCGUGAGGCUCAGGAGUGACCUGUCCAACCUCGCUUGUUUUAUUACUUUCAAGGAAGAAAAGUGGAGCUUUAGAUAGAUUUUUGUCAAACAUUUGCUAGAGGCAGAACUGCUCUGGGGGCAGAGACGCGAUCUCAUUGGUUGAGUUCAAUAAAGCAUUUUCUGAGGAAGUCCGGUCAAAAUAUAGAACAUAGAAUACUAACAGUGAUGUAUUUGUUUAGAUAUCAAGCAUCUAAUGAGGUUAAAUAUCCGGGGUGUAGGAUUUGAUGGGCUCUUUAGGCAGAAAUGGAGCUGGUGGACCUUUUUAAAACGGACUCACAAACUCACCCUACGCCCCCUAUAGGGAAGAAAAGCAGCAGCAGUUUUGACUUGCAGAUGUAGAUAUGUAAAUGUCACCCUCUACAGCUGCAGUCGCCACUGUUGCUGUUCUCUUGGAGUGUGUUUGAGGUUUUACAAUUUACACUUGUAUCAUUCAUGAAUGUGCGAUAGGCCAGGAUAUGAGGGCACCACUCAGCCUUGCUCCGGUGGUCACGCAUGGCGUUGUAGCGAAACAUUCCCCAGCAGUCGUCAGAAGAGAUGUCUGUUUCACCGAUGACAGGACACCUGGAAUGACAAAAACACCGUAAAAUCUCACAAUGUGAAACCAAUUACCCCUAAAUUAUCUGAUAAAUUAGACUAAUAAUUUUAAAUCGUUAAAACUUUGUAGCUCAUACAACUUAAAUGGAAGUUUACUUGAAAAUUAUAAGGUAAUAGGUUUCCUGACUUUUUUAAAAGUAAAGUCAACUUUUAAAAUCAAUGAAUACAGUGCGUGGCUUAAUAAAACGUAGACCGAAAAUGCAAUUUUACAAAUCUGUGACGGCGUCACGAUGUAAAGUCUAUUGUGGAAAGUGGGAACCUAAUGAAAACUACAAAACAUUUUUUGGUGUAUGCAUCAGGCAAGCAGCUCUCUUUGGGCUGAAGAGAGGCCAUUAACUAUCUACAUCUAUAUAAAUCUGUGGUAUCUGUCAAUCUAGUCCAACUUUGCUUGUAGCGCGCCUUUCGUGAUAAUAGGUGAUAAUGAUAAUGAGUUGAACGAGGUUCGAAGUCAGUAUAGAAAACAGUGGUGAACAGAGCUCUGUUAGUGUUGAAGGGGUCGACACACUGGCGUCUGGGCGGGCGGGCUUAAAUAAUUAAGGAACUCUGGCCAGAUGUUCCCGGUUACCACAGAAGUACCUCAGCUCCACCCAGCUGAGCAUACACAACACACACAAACAUACACACAAGUACACAGGGCGCUGUGGCCAUCGCACUAUAAAUCAAUAAUCAUGUAGUAUCAUAGUGUCAUACUAACCUUCAGUGGUUGUUACAUGUUCCAACAGAAGCAUAGCUCCACCAACUGUUACCUUUGUCCAUUAAUCCUUAAGCUUCCUCAGGCACCUGACCUUCAGGCAAGUGAGCUGAAAUGUUAAUUAUUCUGAGAACGAGUCACUGAUCUACCAAUAAACAUGCUCCAGAGUUCAAAUACAGAAUUUUUGUCAACCGUGUUAACACACCUUGUUUUGCCAGUUUAAAAUAAUACGUCAAACUCUCAAACACCCACAAACAGAGGCUACAAAAAGGAAGUUGUAACAGUUGUUUCCUGCAGGUGGCACAAGUGCCCAAACUGCAGCUCUUCUCAGUAAAAGCUGGCACAGUUAUAGGAUAACACAGUCCGGUUCAACUCACCUGUCAGUGGUGCCACUGUGUGUUAUUGUUUGUGACGUCUGCAGGCCACCACAGCUGUUCACUCUAUUUUUAAGACUGAUGUUGAGACAGCAGCAACAACAUCGUAGACUGACUAGAUUUCACAUCAGCUUUCUCUUUCCCCUACAUCUGCAUAUCUUCGCCAAGUCGAAGUCUGGUGCCUCUUUUUGGCCCCGACCACAGAGGCUUAACUUAACCAGUGUCUUUGUAUGUGAGAAAAACAUUUAGCAGAACUGAAACUUCAGCCAGUGUGAGAUUACGGCUUUGUGUCAGCAGCCUUACAGUGGCGGGAGGUCACGCAAAACCACGUUGCAUUUCAUUUGCCGUGUGCUCAACUCAGUUAAGUCGUUUAUCACUCAUAGAUAAAGAGGAGAUGCUGGUAGUCGAAUACAUUGUUUACAUGGUGAUUUUUGGUCCGAUUUUGAAACUCACAGCUUAGUUCUCAGUGUGGAUUUGUUAUAGAGGAAGGCACGUUAGUUUUUCAGUGAAAAAUUAGUCGCGGGCGCCUCCGAUGGUAGUGUAUACUUGCAAUGCUAACCUUUAGAUAUAUGUAUAGGCCAUAACUAUAACAAAACCCACAGUUUGAAAAAGACUCAAAACACUCAGAAAGCCCAGAACUUCCCUCUGUUUCUGUUUCUCCUUCAGUAUGAGAAGCAGAUGUCACAGUCGCUGGUAAUGGCUGACAAUCAAAUAGAGACAUGCUGAGGCUGAAAGCAUUGGGUUGGGGGAGGGCGGCAGGAGAUAACAAAAUUCAAUCAAUACUGAUCUAAAGGAUCAACGUUGCGUUUUUUAAGAUUCGACCCUGUGACCUUUUGGCCCCUGAGGCAACAUUCAAGCACCUGCCCCCCCCCCUUCAGAGGAUCCAUGUUUAUUGUAUAUCUAUUGACAGGCUCUGUGAGAUAUUUGCAUUUGAACAGUGGAGGUACUGCAGCUUUCACUCUCUCUCUCUCUCUCUCUCUCUCUCUCUCAGUAAAGUGUGCGGGCAGCAUCUUUUUAAUUGCGACAAUCAGGGAACAACGCCGUGUACCUCCAAACACUCUGACAUCCCUUCAUCCUCAACCGAGCCCUACCUACCUCAAGAGCUAACGCUUCGGCAGAUUUAUUUGCCUCAGCCAGAAGUGAGAGGCCUUGUUGAAGGUUCACGCAGGAAAACCUCGUCCCAACGUCGCCGAUAAGACUUUGGCUUUUGAAGCCGCAUUUAAGGACCACAGGCAAUUAGAUAUCUGCUGAAAAAAUGUGGCUCUCACCUUUAAUCAAUUUCAGGACCACAGAUGUCAGAGUGGAUGCUGUUCAACCUCUUUACUGAGAGCUCCCCUCGGUGGAGGGUUUUGUUAUGACGCACAAUCAGUUAGAUUUCCUUGCCAGGAACACAGAAGGGUUCGAUGUCCCUCAGUACGACAAUUUGGCGAAAUUAUUUAAGGGGCAUAUUGUAAAUGUUCAUAUUAAUAAUCUAUGUAUUCAAAAAAAAAAGUGAAGAAUCAUUAAUCAAUCCUGUCUUGCCUGUUUGUCUGUAGCUGUGAUCAGGCGGGUUCCUCCACAUCUGGUACACUGGAAAAAUGUAGGCGGAGAAAAAGUCAUUUCCUUAGUACGACCAUUUAAUGCAAAACCAUGUAUAUUAUUUUAAAUGUUCGUAUCUUUCUUUCUUCCUUGUUGAGGUGACAAAGCCUCGUUGAUUGCAUUUAGAUCAUCAUGGAACAGUAAAAUCAGAGAAGUCAGCCACUUGUUAAAUCACAGCAAACAAUCAUUCACCCUGUGUUCAGGCAGAUUCCUCCACAUCUGGCAUUUUAAAAACCAAUUAGAUUAAAGUAGCUCUGAAUGCUGGACCAGUCUUACCUCUGCGCUUUGAGAAGAGUUUAAGAAGAUCUGUUCUCAGACUGUUAUUUUCAGCUGCAUGUAUGUGUCUGUAUGUUCCAUCGCGGAAGGACUUUGCAGGUCUUUGCUUCAUUUUUCUGUCCCACAUUGUCGUGUAAAAGCGUGCAUUGGUUUCAAAUUCUGCUUGUUUCGGUGCAUUUGUGUGCUCUUGCACGGAUCAGAGCAGUGACUUAGCCGGACUAAUUUCAUCCAAUGCUUUCUGUUUGUCUCUGAGUUUGACUUUUCCGACGACAAAGGUCGCAAAUGUAGUGCUUUUCUCUGCAGCUUCCAAUCAGCACAAACCCCUCAGAGUCUGUGGCCGUCUCGCUCGCUCAAUGUCAAGCCGUCACAAGAAAGUCAUUUAAAUAUUUGCUGCUUUUAACACCCGCCGGAGCUGUAGCUUUAAGAACCUUUUGAAAUAAGUCCAGAGUGUCUUGCAUGUAAAAUUCGCCUCUGACUCCUGUUCCCACAUGUUGCCACCAUGAGAAUUCUGCUGCAACAUUUACGGGUUAAGGUGCGUGUGGGGUUUUCGGGGCUUUCGACUGGACUUCACCACUGACUUCAUGAAGAAAAUGAUGAUGAGAAAUAACGAGAUGCCUUCUGCUGUGACAAUUGUAUGAAUUAACCUGUAUUACUAAGAUUAAUUAAAUAGAAUAUUUCUAAAAUAUGGCUUUUUAGGGCUGUGAAUUAUAUCAUGUUUAUAUAUUUUGUUUUGCUCUCUCCUUGCUUUUUAAAUUUUUAUUUUUCCCUACUGGAUUUUUGCUGUAGCAACCCCGGCACACAGAGAUUACAUUAGGAGCAGAUUCAUUGAUGAUUAUGAUAACGAUGUGAUUACUUUAGGGUAGCAUGUGACGUGAUGUGGGGUGGCUUCACGUUUCUUCAAGUUAGACCUCAGAACUUAAACAAAAAAACAUAACAUAGAUCUUGUCUUUUACAAACUUCUCAGGAAAAUCUACCUCUACCUCCAGUUUGAUGCAUUUAACCCAGUGAGGGCUCUAGUUACAGUUUAGUGGAUACACAAAGAGGGCGGGAGGGCGGGCGCCAGGGUCCGAAAUGAACUUCAGCGUACCAGUGCAGUACUUCAGAUUAGUGGUGGCCUCGUGACGCACAUGAGGUUGUAUUGAGAACAAGUAUUGUGGUGUAUUUAUGUUGUUAUCUUGGAAUAAACAGAUAUAAUCGUCACCCUGUAGGUGAACUGACGGGUUCAUUUUGGACACUGAGGUGGCUUCCCCCGUCGCUCUGUUUUUCUCUGUGUUACAGGUUCGUAACACUUCUGCUGUUAAGUUUUGGAGGGAACCUCCAGCUCAACAGCUAACUACUACUAGUACUACAACAAGUACUGCAUUUAGUACUGCUGUUAGUACUAUGAAUUGUUUUUUUUUUCAGUCUAUUAUUGUGUGCUUAUUCCUACUUUCAUUUUUUUCUAUAAAUGAUUUAGAUUUUUUUGAUGAAUAGGAUGUUUCCCAGUAACCACGUUAAUAGUGAAGUGGCGGUGGGCAAUGCAACUGUCUUUAUUAUUAUUUUUUUCCUUUUUGUUUAUUUUAUUCUUUGUUUUCGAAGGGUGAAGAGCUAUUCUUGCCUAUUUACUCAAUAUGUGUUUGUGUGAAUACUUUUAUUUUGAAUCUGAAAUUAAUAAAAUAUCACCUUUCUUAAAUGUUAA